AUGCCGCCAGCUGGUAUGGUUGAGGCCUUUGGCCAUGCCCUCGCCGGUGCCACAGGCACAGCGCUCUCCACAGCCACUGUCUACCCCCUCGAUCUCAUUACGACGCGUCUUAAAGUCCAACGUCAGCUCAAGAAGGAAACCAACAUGCCGGAAAACAGGCAGUACCAUGGCGUUUUCCACGCGUUUGAGGCUAUCAUCACGCAUGAGGGCGGCAUUUCAGCACUUUAUACGGGCCUCGCCCAGGACAUUUUCAAGUCCAUUACGGAUUCUUUUCUUUUCUUCCUGUUUUAUGCUUACUUCCGCGAAGCUCGUCGCCGCACACAUGGCAAGAAGCUGCCAGCUCUCGAGGAGUUGGCUGUCGGUGCAGCGGCUGGUGCCUGUGCGAGAGCCUGCACAACGCCAAUUGCGAACGUUGUCACGAGGAAGCAGACAUCGGCCAUGCUGGAUCGCCGGGACAGGAGGGAAAGCUUAUCUGUGUGGGAUAUUUUGGGUACUAUACGUGCCGAAAACGGUGCCAGAGGGCUCUGGGCAGGGUAUUCUGCUUCACUGCUUCUUACUAUUAAUCCGAGCAUAACUUUCUUCCUAAACGACAAGCUAGGGAAGGUCUUUCUGCCUAAUACAGAUGAGGCCUCGCACACUCCUCAAACGACAUUCCUACUCGCCGCUGCCAGUAAGGCCAUCGCUACUACAAUAAGCUAUCCUAUACAAACGGCCAAGGCUAGAUUGCAAGUUUCCAGCGACGCUUCGCUAAGUCGAAGUACCGACAGCCAACAAACCCUGUCUGAUAAACCGCCGCAAAGCCCGGUUUCCACCAACGAAAGCAGUGAAAUACGGAAAAAAAUAAAGAACUUUGUCAACGAUAGUGUACUUGCUCUCGUCAUUUCCAUUGCAAGGACAGAAGGUGUGACGGCAUUGUACGCCGGUCUCCAGGGGGAAAUGCUGAAGAGUUUCUUCAGCCAUGGCCUAACAAUGGUGUCCAAAGGAAUUAUCCACAAGUUGGUCAUUCGCCUUGGCAUCUUCUUGAUGAUGUUGGGGCAAAGCUCUUCGUCCAGUCAAAAGUUGCAACGCUUCCGGCAAAUGUUCCUCAGGCUUCUGUAA